UUAGCCUAACGAGCUUCUCCAGUUCUCCCUGUGUGUUCAGAUGUCGCCCUACCGCCACAAAUCAUAACCCGCUAGGCAAGGUCCGGCGCGUCACCACCGGUUCUAUAAAUUUAAAACACAGAUUCACCCACCAUCCUCUCAUCUCCAAUUUCUCCCACCACUUCGCAUAUACUCACUCUUCUGACUAACCAAAUCUUACGUUAGAGUAUCCUCUCUGCACCCAUCCUGUCUCGCCCAUCGUGUUCCUCUCUGGCCGUAGCAUGGCGAGACCGUUUUUACAGGAGCAGGUGCUCCCUCUCCUCGCGGCCGCGAACAACCACGGCGAUUUGGAUGUAAAACAUUCGUCUUUGAGGCAGGCUAAAGAUUUAUUGUUGUCUGCUGACUCGUCGCAGGCUGCCAAGGUUUUCCCCUAUUUGAUUGACCUCCAGUCUUCCCCGGAAAGCUUGUUGCGGAAAUACCUAAUUCAGGUGAUUGAGGACAUUGCCACGAAACCCAUGGAACAUACAUCAAUAUUAAUGCCUGUAUUAUUUGAAUCUUUGAGGGACAGUAGUUCAUUGGUUGUUAAGCAAACCAUUAUUUCUGGAACACACAUCUUCUGUGGACUGUUGGAGGAAUUGUCAGUGCAGUUUCACCGGCGUGGUUUAGUAGAAAGAUCACAUGGGGAGCUCUGGACAUGGAUGAUCAAGUUCAAGGAUGCUGUUUUUUGCGCUCUAUUUGAGGCUGUGCCUGUUGGUAUAAGAUUGCUGGCAAUAAAGUUUUUGGAAACAUACAUUUUACUUUUCACACCAGAUGCAACUGAUUCUGAGAAGUUUACAUCAGAAGCUUCAACAAAAUUUAGGAAAGCUUUUAAUAUUUCUUGGAUCGUUGGACAUCAUCCUAUUAUGGAUCCGGCAGCGCUGAUGUCUGAUGCAAAUAGAACUGUUGGCAUUCUAUUGGAUCUUCUGCACUCAGCAAGUACACUUCCUGGUUCGCUGACAAUAUCUGUUGUUAAUAGCCUUGCUACUAUAGCAAAGAAGAGGCCUGCUCACUACAACUUCAUUCUUUCAGCAUUGCUGGAUUUCAAUCCCAACUUUGAGAUGACAAAAGGAGGUCAUACUGCCAGCAUUCAGUAUUCUCUACGGACAGCCUUUUUAGGAUUUCUGAGAUGUACCCAUCCUGCUAUCCUAGAGUCUAGAGAGAGACUGCACAAGGCUUUGCGAGCAAUGAAUGCUGGGGAUGCAGCUGAUCAAGUUCUUCGUCAACUGGAUAAAGUUAUGAGAAACAAUGACCGUGCUUCACGUGAGGCUCGAAUAAGCAAGGAUGAUCGGCCAUCAAAUCAUUUGCCUAUUUCAGGCGAUGCAACAAGGAAAAGAGAAACCCCUUCAGAUCAUGAGAAUUCAAAUGUUAAUUACGACUCAGCUGCAAAAAGGGUUCGUUAUGGGCUUAACAAUAAUGUAGUUCCACCUGCUGAAAGAAACGAUUCUGGAAAGGAUUGUGUCAACGGAGUUCCUCAUAAAGUUAUUGUAGCAGUUAAUGCCCCUAGCCUUGUUGAUCAAAUGAUCUCGAUGAUAGCUGCAUUAAUAUCAGAAGGAGAAAGAGGUGUUGAAUCCCUUGAAAUUCUCAUAGCCAAAAUCCCACCAGAUGUGAUGGCUGAUAUAGUCAUAACUAACAUGAAGCACUUGCCUAUAAACCCCCCUUCAUCAACUAAGUUUGAUACACUGCCAUUAACUCGGCAAGCUGAUUUUGGUAGUACUCUAUCGAACAGUGUAGAACCUAUAGGUUCCUCAGUUUCCAAACAAACUGGAACUCUCCCGUCUCAAUUACCUGCCACUGUGUCAAGUGCGGUUAGCUCAUCAAUAACAGAAAUGUCCACUUCACUAUUUUCUGAUUCUAAACGUGAUCCUCGAAGGGAUCCUCGACGUCUUGACCCAAGACGUGUCACUACGGGAAGUGGAGUGCUGCCAAUACCCAUCACUGAAGAUAAUUUGAAUCCAAUGCCAUCUGUGGUGGUUAAAUCUGAAGUCGAUGCCUCUAGUCCCUUUAAUGGUUCUCCUAUGCCACCUGUCUUUCCUCAGUUGAAAAAUAUAGCAAUGUCUCAAAAUCUAAAACAUGAAUGGGGCAACACUCUGGAGAGUUCUGAGGCUGCAUCGGCUGACUGGUCAGCUCCAAAAGAGGAAAUACAGGUUGAAGAAGCUGACAAUAGCAUUCUUGACUCUGAUGAAAAUGCUACUGAGGUAUUCUCUUCUGCUGGCAAAUUAGAGCAGCAAUUGAUCACACAAGAGCCAUGUAAUGUUCCAAUGCAAGAUGAGGUCUACUCACCAUCUUCAGUAGAAACGGAGCAACUAUCUCCACCCAUUUCAAACACAAUAUCCUCUGAAGAUAUGUCUGACUGCAUCCCUUCAGUUCCACCAUACAUUGAGCUGACAGAAGAGCAGCAGAGAGGUGUGGGAAAAUUGGCAAUCGAACAAUUAAUUAACGCAUACAAGAGGCUAAGAGGGGAAGAUAGCAAACAAACAGGCAUAACAAUGCUUUCUCGUUUAAUUGCCCAGAUGAAUACUGAUGCUGAUGUAGCUGUCAUGAUGCAAACACAUAUUCUCUCAGACUAUCAAGAACAAAAGGGACAUGAAGUCGUGAUACACGUCCUUUACCAUUUGCACACUCUAAUGUUGUCAGAUCCAGACCAAAGCUCUUCAUAUGCUGCUUCAGUGUAUGAUAAAGUCCUCCUAGGAGUGGCAAAAUCAUUAUUAGAUACUUUGCCGGCAACUGACAAGUCAUUUGGCCGACUUCUCAGUGAAGUUCCUUAUUUGCCUGAUUCUGUGAUGCGGUUACUAGCUGACUUGUGCUCCGAGAGAUAUUUGGGAAAGGAUGUCCGUGAUGGUGAUCGUGUCACACAGGGUCUUGGUGCUGUGUGGGCCUUGAUUUUGGGACGACCACCCAAUCGUUUAGCGUGCUUAGAUAUUGCUUUGAAGUGUGCUGUCCAUUCGAAGGAAGAUGUUCGUGCUAAAGCUAUUCGCCUGGUCACUAACAAACUCUAUGUGCUAAGCCACAUCUCAGAAAAUAUUGAACAAUUUGCAACAACUACGUUCUUGUCUGCUAUAGAUCACCGUGUCUCAGGUGAAAAUUCCAAAUCUGGAGCCAGUGACCAAAUAAAAGAGGUUGGAAGCCAAGAGACAUGUGUUAGUGGCUCUCCGAAUUCUGAUACCGGAAUUCCUGAAAUCGAUUCUUCAAAAGGUGCUCAAUUUGAUUCCCAAAGUGAUUCUGCAUUGACCCAUGCUCAGGCACAGCGUCUAGUUUCAUUGUUUUUCACUUUAUGCACUAAGAAACCUAGUCUUCUUCAACUUCUAUUUAAUAACUAUGGAAGAGCUCCGAAGGCUGUUAAGCAGGCCAUUCAUCGCCAUAUACCUAUUCUUAUCAGAGCAGUAGGUUCUUCAAGCCCUGAACUGCUUCAUAUAAUAUCGGAUCCACCACAAGGAUGUGAAAACCUGCUGACUCAGGUGAUACAAUUAUUGUCUGAGGGGACAACACCUCCGCCAGAUCUGAUUGCAGUUGUUAAGCAUCUAUACGAAACUAAACUAAAGGAUGCAUCUAUUCUUAUUCCGAUGCUUUCGUCUUUUUCUAAAACUGAGGUUCUUCCCAUCUUUCCUCGCCUUGUCUCUCUUCCUCUGGACAAGUUUCAGAUUGCAAUGGCUCGUAUAUUGCAGGGUUCUGCUCAUACAGAUCCAGCCUUGAGCCCAGCGGAGGUUUUGGUUGCCAUCCAUGACAUUAAUCCUGAGAGAGAUGGGUUACCAUUAAAAAAGAUAACGGAUGCUUGUUCAGCUUGCUUUGAGCAACGCACAGUGUUCACACAACAAGUCUUGACAAUUGCCUUGAACCGGAUGGUUGAUCAAACUCCUCUUCCACUGCUCUUCAUGAGAACUGUGAUCCAGGCAAUCGAUGCUUUUCCUACAUUGGUCGAUGUUGUCAUGGAAUUACUAUCGAAACUUGUAAGCAGACAGGUGUGGAAAAUGCCCAAGUUAUGGGUUGGGUUUUUGAAAUGUGUCUCACAAACACAGCCACACUCCUUCCGUGUAUUGUUACAGUUGCCUCCCACACCGCUUGAAAGUGCUUUAAAUAAAUAUGCGAGUCUUCGAGGACCUUUGUCUGCAUUUGCUAACCAGUCAAACAUUAAAAACUCGUUACCCAGGUCAACAUUGGCGGUUCUUGGCCUGCUUGAGCCGAACAUGCAACAAUUGCCACAUGUUUCAUCUUCUUUGCAUGCAUCAGAAGCAGUGAGCCCAAGCCCAUCUGUUCAUGGUACUGCUUUGAUGCGAUAGUUUUGACCUUGGAAUAUGCAGGGAGCUAUUGCACCCUUCUUUAGUAAUAGUUUGCUCCAGACUAUAAAGUCAACAACCACAUCGGUUAAGUGCUUAUUGGCAUCUCUGGGUAUCUUGGUCUCAACAAGUUGUGAAUCAGUAGUUGCCUGACUUGCCUCGUUGCCUGCCUGAAGUAAUGGUGUUGCAAUGUGUUCAUGAACUCCUGGAUGCAAUUUCAGCUGCAGUGGCACGUCAGAGUGGUGAUCAAGUCGGCUAACAAAUAUUUGAAGAGCCCCUACUGUUCUGUUCUCCUAUUACUUGGGGAAUGUAUAUAUUCACAGUUGUUAGUGUUACUAGUAUUUUUUUUUACAUUUUAGUUGAUAGUUUUCUUGUAUGCUGCAGUUUUAAUUUAUUAUUUUUGUAUUUGUCGCCCUAAGGUUGUUGUAUCGGUAAGUUAAGCAUUUUCUUGAUUAUUUGGUUCAGUUAAAUCUCCCCCUGGUUGAACUUCCUGAC